UCGAGGCGCACACAUACAAAACCGACUUUGGGACGGGGUUGUUGUAUCGAUUCUGCGGCAAAAUAAAAGUGCAAUUAGGCGCUACGUGUGUCAUUAAUGGUUGGCGCACGUGAGCCGGCGGCGGACGGCGAAGAGAGCAAACGUGGACGGCGCCGAUGACAUGACGGUGCCUGGCAGGCAAGUUGUGCUCAGGGGCGGCUCACCCUGGGGCUUUCGGAUGCACGGCGGCGCCGACUCUGGACAACCCUUGCGCAUUUCCAGGGUGAAUCCCGGCAGCAAGGCCGCCGACGAGUCGAUCCGCGAGGGCGAAAUCAUCACCUCGAUCAAUGGCCACUCGACCCAAGGACUGCCCAACAGCGAGGCGCACUCUUUGAUGAGGGCCAACGGGGACACCCUCACGCUCACCCUCUCGCCGGACCCUUCCAAGAGGCGGCUGCACAACCUCGCCGGCACCAAGAGCAGCUCGUCCGCCGAACAGACUGAAAAACAAAUCGUGAAAAGUGAGGAUUUGGAAUCAAAAGAAAUCGCCAUAGAAUCUAGUCAAGCCGUUCAACAGCAACAAGCGAGUGCCAGCAAGAGCAAAAAUCAACCGGCCGCGAGCCACGAAUCGUCCAAAAGCUCUUCGCACCGCGUCGGCGGCAGACAGAAGCGGACGCGAAGACUUCGGGCUCGGAAACUAGCCCAGUUGGUGGGCACGCAGGUGCUGUCUUCGGACACGGGGCUGCUGUCCGAGCCGCGGUGGGAGUGCGUGGACGAGGAGGAAAUUGCACCGCUGCCGGCGGCGGUGCACGCGUAUCCCCUGGUCUACGCUGAGGCCAUUGUCGUGUCCGAGGAGAGGAGCCAAGACCAGCUGGACGAGGAGAUCAAGCGGCUCUUUGAGAUCCACGUGGCCAGCAAGAUGAAAAUGCUGAAGCGAAAGGCUGAGACGUUCCCGCCGAGUCUCCGCAGACUCGAUGUUAUCAGGGAGGACGAGGAGUCGGGAAACGCCGAGCAGAAUAUUUAUGAGGACGUCGAUCUCAGAGGCACUCAAGAGAGCCUCCUCUCGAGCGACGGCGAGUCGGACGCUGGCCGUUCCGACUUGGACGAAGCAACCCUCGAGUUUGACAAAAUCAUGAAUCUAGAGGAGCAGAAUUACGAGCCGUACCACAGCAGCAGUUCCGACGUGGACGCUGAUUUCGCCGCGUGCGACGAACUCGCGUCGGCCAUCGUUCGGCGCCGCAGCAGAGAAAUCAUUGAAGCCGCAAAAUUGAAAAACAACGACGACUACGAAACGGUGUUGGUCACCAGUUCGACCGACCUGGUGGUCCGAGAGGUCAAGGUCGAAGGGGAGGAGUUUGAAGCGAUUUGCAGCAGGGAAGACCUGGAGGGAAAUGUGGACGCCGAGUUCGAGGAAAUCUGCAAGCAGAACGACGAAAGAGUCAACUCGGUGGUAGAAUCCAAAGUGGAAAUCGGUCUUUCAAACAGCCACGAGCUGAAAGUGCUGAAAAUCGAAAGCUCAAUUAAUUCAAACGAGGAAGAAAAUUCCGCUUGCAAGGAUGAGAAGGAAAUUGUUGAGGCUGUGAUUCAAGAAGCUGAGCAAAACUGUGAUAUUGAGGUGAACCCGAGGUUUAGCCAAGUUCUGGAAGAUUUCAGCAAGUCCAAACCUUUGCCGAUAAAAACCGAGCCUCCAGACCGGAAAACCAAACUUGAAAUCGCCAAAUUCGACUUUCUUAAAACUCCUUUGGAGGAGCGGAACUCAGUCGUUGUCGUCGAAUGUUCGGACAAAACCAUGGAUACAAUCAACGAAAACUUUGACCAGCUUGAACGGGAAAUCUGCAAGGAAAGUGAGCAGCUUGAAAACAUGGCAGUGCGAUCGGCCGAAAUCAUUGACAAAUUCUCUGCGAAACUCGACGAAAUGAAUGAGUUGAUGAAUGAAACAAGCGGUCCUGUGAUAAUGGAGCAGAUUAACCUGUUUGCCGAGCAACUGAUCGCAGACGACAAAUCGCUUUUCGAGACCAACAAAGAUAAGUUGGUGAGUUUCAUCAAGAACGGCAUGGGCGAUUCUCGCUCGUCGGUGCAAGACGUGCCGGAUUUGCUCAAAUUGCUGGAAAAAGACGAACGACCCGAGGAGGAGGAUUUAAUGUUCGAAGAGGAAAAGACGCUGACCUCGUUGGAACAAGUGACCCAGCGAUUGGCGGAGGUGCUGCAAAACUCGCUGCGAAAAUCGCCAGCCGAGCAGGAAGCAGAUUUCGACUGUUCCGAUAGCGAAAAUAAAAGUGCUGGGCCAAUCAGCAGUUUAUCGUCAGCCGCCUUAUCAACUCCGAUAUCACCGGCGAGAUCGCGGUCCGCAUCAAUCGACUCCAAUGCGUCGCAGGGAACGACAAUUUACGUUGCGUCCACGUGCUCGUCGGUGUGCAGCAGUGGUUGGAACGUGCAGGCCGCGGUGCCGCGUCUGCGAACGCUGUGCGUGGCCGCCGUGUCUAAGUUGGCGCGCGGGCGCGAGUUGAUGCUGGCUUGGGGCCUGGCCAGCGCGGCCGAAUUAAAAAUAAGGCCGGCGCCGAAUUUAGCCCGGACGCCACCGCCGCCACCGUCGAGGUGGUACCCCACCGGGGUCGGGCCGUUCGCCGUGGGCCUGUCGCCGGCGCAGCAGCGCGCCGAGCCGCAGUUGACGCGCGAACGCGCCGCCCUGUUGCUCGACCUGCACUGCAAGUUCGCGCAACGCCGCGCCUACCACGAACCCCACAAACGCAUGGGCGUCGACCAGCACUCGGACGAGCAGUCCGAGGAGGCCCUCAAGGCCAAAAUGCUGUCCGAGUGGCUCGACGACGAGGUCAAAAUCGACGAGAGCCACACGCAGUCCGUCCUGACCACGGCCCGCAAGUUCGAAGUCGAAAGGUACAAACAAGGGUACCACAUCUCGAAGCAGCGGGACAUCGCCGUGGAGAUCCAGGGUCAGCGACAAUUUCGCAUGCUUCGGGAGCAGAUGGAGCAGCAGAUGCUGGAGGAGGAGCGGCGCAGGGACGAGCAGGAGCAGCAAUUCCAAGAGGAGCGUCUUGACGAGCCGGACGAGCAACAGAUGGCUCCGCUCGGCGCCGCCGCCUCUCCAGACCAAGUGGACGACGGCACGCUCCAGCAACUCGCCCUCUUGGAGGAGUUCGCCUCGAUCGCCACAGCCAGAUUGGUGGCCGCAAGAUCCGAGGCGGCCGACGGCCACACCGACUUCCCCGACACGAUGAUUCCUCUCGAGCAGGGCAAUAAUAACGCAACAUCAACAACGACUAAAACUUCAACCACCACAGUAGUGCCUUCUCCCACUUUUAAAGCCAAGGCGCCGUCCCCAGGUGUCUGGUCACCGAAGCCUGGAAGGGCGGCGAGUUCCAAUCCUGUGCUGCCAAAUAACAACUCCCUGCCGUCGCCGACCUCCUCAAACAAUGACGAGCCCCCACCGCCUCCAGUGUGGACCCCGAAGGCGUCUCCGACCCUAGAGAGGAAGGAGUUUCGUCCCGUCAGGUUCGAGACCAACAAUCCACCCCCUCGACCGCCUGCAUACCAAGAACCGGUGACCCCGCCAUUCGAUUUGGUUCCCGCACAGAGCAGGGAGCAGGCGACGCACAACAUCAGCAGCUCGUUGGAUAGGAAAUUGACGCUGAACCUGCCAAAGCUGCCCAGAGCGCAAAACCCGACCGUCACUCUGCUACAGAAAGCCCGAGAGGGCCAAAUCCCGAGAGGCGCGAUUUACUUGGACCACAAGAUGAGCGCCAACGAGACCCACCACCAGCAGCAGCAGAGACAAGAAACGCAACAGCAGCAGCACCAAGACGCCGAAACCGUCAACCCAAAUGAUAUUCUUUACACUGUCCAAAAAGAGGAGGUCGAGGACAAUAAGAAAAUUGUCCAACUGUCUCCGAAGAAAUAUGACGGAAUUGGUCCAACCACCAAAGAGGGCAUCCCUCUUGUCAUGAGAUCAAAUAUCAAAGAAGAAAAUUACGGCAAGUGGUACAAAAGGAUGUACGACUCAUUGCACAAAGCAGGAAAAGAUGAUGACAGUAUAACUAUUCGGUACAGGCCUAGUAGCAAUAGCCGUCGAGGAUAUCCGUACAGUUCGGCUGGGGGAUACGUUUCUGAGCCGGAGCCGACGGGAGAAUACGACUCUGAUGCGACGACAGGGUAUUCCUCAAAGUAUGCCACAUUAGAUAGACGACGCAUCAAGAACAAGGAGCCGGACUUCACGUCUACCAUGCCCAGAGCAAGGUACAUUUCCCCUUCGAUAAAACACGCUUGUGAGGUGUACAAGAACCAGCCGGGCAGAAUUGAGGACUACGAGCCCGGCAGGUCGAGCAUCUCAGAAAAAGAAGCCAAGCUGUGGUGGGAUGAGGUUAUGGACAUCUUUGACGGGCAAACUGGCAUGCAAGCGUCGGCACAGAGUAAAAAGUUGCACGUCUCUUCCUUAAGUCAUGCUGCUGAGAGUCAAUCAACAGUCAAGAAGCAGUUCAUGGCGCACGCCUUGAAAGACGGUUACGACAGCGACUCGCAGUUGAUUUUCAAGAAACGCGACGAUGGCGAGUUGUCGAGCGCCCUCAGCCCCGUCGAGCAGAAACAAGCGUACAAGUCCAUUCAGUCCGGUGGUGAAGUUCCUCUGCACGGUUUGCGAAAACUGGCACCUGAAAAACCCCGAGAGCCAGAUGUGCUACAGUCGUUCUUUGAGGAGUUCGAGAGGGACAAAGAGUCGCCUCACAAAUUCGUCGAUUGCGGUGACGUGACCAUUCACUACCGCAGUCCCGUGCGAGGCCUGGCGCGGGACGCGCCGUUGUCCGAGGAGGAGUUGGCGCGCAGACAGGAGGAGGCGAUGAGGCGCAUCUACCAGGAAGAGCGCCGAAGGAAGUACCUUCAGGAGCUGCAAGACAUCGAGAGCAGAAGACACACCGACAAUUUCACUCCGUCACAGAAAUCUCCGAUCCCUUUGAACCGCUACGACAACUUCUUUGACGACAUUCCUAGCAGAAGGGAUAGAACUCCAGAACCAAAGACGGUCGCAAGGGCCCUGUACAACUUUGUUGGGCAGACACCCAGGGAGCUCACAUUCAGGCGAGGUGAUAUUAUCUUGGUCAGGAGGCAAAUCGACAGAAACUGGUACGAGGGCGAGCACAACGCCUCGAUAGGUCUCUUCCCCUUCAACUACGUCGAGAUAAUACCCUACGACGGUGUGCGCACCACGCCGAAAGGUCCUUCCGAGGGCAAGGCGCGAGCAAAGUUCAACUUUGUUGCCCAGAGUUCGUUAGAAUUGUCCCUAGUCAAAGGUGAGAUGGUUGUUCUCACGAGGAGAGUGGACGACAAUUGGUACGAGGGCAGAAUCGGGUUGAGACGAGGAAUCUUCCCUUGUACUUAUGUUGAGGUGAUCAAUGAACCUGGAGAGAGAUUAGAUGCACAAAAACCAAUGCCAAAGUUAAGUGGAACCUACAUGAAUGGCAGUUCUGCGCCACACUCUGUUCCGAGCAGCAGAUACUUGCCGUACAUGAACCAAACCCUUCACAUCGAUACUCGGUCCGAUCCGAUGCCGUACCGAGCCUUGUACAAUUACAAGCCUCAAAACGAAGACGAACUCGAGCUUCGAGAGGGCGACACGGUGUUUGUGAUGGAAAAAUGCGAUGACGGUUGGUACGUGGGCACCAGCAACCGCACCGGCCACUUCGGAACCUUCCCCGGAAACUACGUCGAGCGCAUUUGAAAUAUCAGCGGAAAGGAGGGACGAAGAAGAAGAAGAAGAUCAUUGAGAUGCAUUUCACCAAUCAAACCGAAUUAAUAGUCACUCUGCAUGCUAUAAAUAAUUCUUAAACUCUCCUAUUUAAUUAAUUUAUAUGUAUAUUUGUCACACCAAAAAAAAAGAAUCCAAUUUUCUUGCCACUUUUGGAAAUUAUUCUGAACACACACCUCAGUCAAUACUUAAUUUAGUUGGAUUACGCCUAAAGUUCAAAUCAAAAUUUUGUGUAUAAAAUAUUUAUAUCCCAAAGGUGAGCUUGAGAAAAGUUUCCGACUUUGAACAAUUAAUUAAAAAAAAAAAUUAGUUAGAAUUAACCCUGAAUCGUGGCCAAAGGAAUGAAAUUAUUAAUCAAUGGAGAAGAAUUAAGCAUUCGUCCAUCGAUCCAUAUUUAGUUACCACCUCACUGACAAUAAAAAUCAUGAAUAUAUAAUAUAUUGUAAAAUGUAAGAACACUUUACACCGACGAAGCGACUGAACUACAGAGAUAUUACACUAAGCGAGUAGAAGUCAUGAUUAUAUAAAGAAUCAACUACUUUUCCUUACCACUUACUUAGUUAGUCCGGUAUAUCAAAAGAACCCGCCCUAACGGCAACUAUUUGUUCUACUUAAGCAUGUCUAAUCAUUAUAUGGAGGAAUUAAUUUGUUGCGCACACGAAUGUAUAUAAAAUAUUUUAUGUACCUUAAAAAAAAGGAAGAACUUUUCGUUUUUGUUGAGAUAUUUGAAUUUAGAAGAAAAUUUUGAGAACGACGUACGCUUGCACCCUCGUAGGAAAGUAAUAAUUAAAAUAAAAAUGCGGAAAUCGAUUACUGUAUGAAUUAAGAAACGGUGUAAAAUUAUUAUAAUGUUGCACACACACACUACUUGUCUCGAUUUGCGAGUAUGCUACUUAAAAAGUAAAAUCGUAGAAUGGAAAAGAUGAAUUGACGGCUUUAAAUACAAUGAUAUUUCGUGGUUAUCCUUAUUGGAAUGUGCCUUUUGCUGUUAAAUUAUCCGAUCAGAAGUUGUAACGUUGGUAAUUCAAUAAAAUGAAAUAAUUAAUUAAAAAAAA